CCUGCGAUGAUGUUCCCCAGCCUCAUCGCCCCUCCAGCCGUCUACCCCAGCCUCCUUCGGCCGACCCCCACCCUCACCUUGCCUCAGUCUCUGCAGUCAGCUUUUUCCAGCCAUUCCAGCUUCCUGGUGGAAGAUUUGAUCCGGAUCAGCAGGCCCACCAGUUACCUGCCCAGGACUGCCCCCCCGUCCAGCAUGUCCCCCCCGACCUCGGCGGCCAGGACGGACUCGGGGACGCCGGAGCUCCCCAGCUCCACCACCGCCGGCUCCAGGAGGAUCUGUUCGCCGCAGACUUCCAGCAGCGACUCCACUUUCCUGAAGUUUGGAGUCAACGCCAUUCUCUCCUCCGCCCCCCGAGCCGAAACCUCCCCUGCGUUGCUUCAGAGCGUCCCGCCAAAGACUUUCUCUUUUCCGUACUUUGAAGGAUCCUUCCAGCCCUUUAUCAGAUCUUCCUAUUUCCCAGCUGCCUCUGCCGUGGUCCCCAUCCCUGGCACCUUCUCCUGGCCGCUGGCUGCCCGCGGGAAGCCCCGCCGUGGGAUGCUGCGCCGCGCUGUCUUCUCCGACGUGCAGCGCAAAGCGCUGGAGAAGAUGUUCCAGAAGCAGAAAUACAUCAGCAAACCUGACAGGAAGAAGUUGGCAGCCAAGCUGGGCCUCAAGGACUCACAGGUGAAGAUCUGGUUCCAGAACAGGAGGAUGAAAUGGAGGAACUCCAAAGAGAGAGAGCUCCUCUCUUCAGGUGGCUGCAGAGAACAGACCCUACCUACCAAGUUCAACCCUCACCCAGACCUCAGUGACGUAGGCAAGAAAUGUUCAGGAGAGGAGGAGGAGGAGGAAGAAGUUCCCCCCGUGUGCCCACCCAGCCCCCGGCAUCCCUUAACCUACCACCAGUCCCCAGAACAUCUACACCUGAGGGACAGACUGGACUCCCAGAUGUCUCCUUCACCAUCCCAUUCUAGCAGCCCCAGCAAACCUUCAGACUUCUCAGACUCAGAGGAAGAGGAUGAUGAGGGGGAAGAGGAGGAGAUAACUGUCUCUUAGAUCACUUGCCUGCCCCUACCAUCACAUGGGGACACUGCAAAGAUGUAAAUAAAACAGAGUGCUAUAAAUUGAAGAGGUGAUGUCCCACCCCAAUGUCCACAUGUUUCUUCAGUGCAGGUUCUUUGUCACAUAGUUGCAAGCCUUCCUACUCACUGGUAUUCCUUAUUCGUUGUGGAGGUUUUCAUAGUCAUAGUAUCUGCCAACCUUUUCAUAACUCUCUCUCUUUAACAAUCAAUAUUUGCUCAAUUAGCUUACCUUCUCCCAAAACACAGGCAACAGGCAGCUCCUGGCUUUACAGCAGGGAAGAAAGGACAGCCUGUUGGAAGGAAAACUUUUUUCCCUCUGAUAAGGAGUAUAAAAAAAUACAAUAUAGAUGCUGUGGCUAUUUUUGCUACUUUUCAAGUGCAUUUCCAGCUACUAUUAAGAUAUCAAAACCCUUAAGACUGGUCUGAUCUAGCAACCCUUUCCUCCAAAAGUAAAUAACAUUGAGGGACACAGACCAAAUGCUGCCUCCCUCCUCAUACCAAAUAGCACCAUUCUUGUGCAUCAGAUCCAUUGAAAUCCCUGGAAUGACUUCUAAGGUAUAACAUAAAUGUGCCUUGUGUAACAGAGAUCUUAUAUAUUUAUGUUUUUCAUUUUAAUUUAUGCCUCAAUAUUGCAUUCAAGGCACUGUGUAACCCACCUUUUUGCCCACAGGCUUGUGAUCAUUUUCUACUUUGCUUCUUCUAUUCAUGGUGUGGACAGAGGAAAGCGGAUACACCUCUUUGAUUUUUGACUGAACUUUGCUGUCUUUGCACAGCUUAUAUGAACUGUACACUAUUUUGUACACUUACUCUGUAUGGAUGUUUUAUACCAAGGUUAUUGUGAAUGAAUAUAACAAUGGCUCAGCAACGCUUCUCUCCCUUUUUUUUUUUAAUUAAAUGACAGCUAAACUACAGAUGA